GUUCAUAGAACGAAAACACCACCACCACCACCUCUUUAAUUCUGAACACAUUCGCGCAAAUCGAUUCAAGAGAUAUUGAAGGCUUCGCGCGAGUGGGACUGCGACCUGCAGUCUACCUGUCUCGCUGGUUGAGCGCAACGCUCUCUACUGUAUCCUUUCGACUUUGGCUCGUCUGGCUUAUAGCCUCUUCCAGCCUCAACCAACUUCCAGUCAACGACAACGACUUGCGUCCGAGAACCAGUACUCGACAAGCAGCCCAUCUCCUGUCCGCCAAAGUUGCGCAGCUUCGGUUGCCGCGGCAUACUUGACCAAAAUGCCCGCCUUUAAAGGAAUUGCAGUCUCGAUCCAUAGUGAAGGCGCUCCUUUACCAGAAUACUCUAUUCAGAAGCAGUCGAGAGUCUCACGCGUGAAUACCUAUAUCCCAGUACCCAAGCCGAAGAUACCACAAGACUCCUCCUCGACCAAACCCGAACCCGCCAAAUUCGCCAUCUCGAUCACUCUCCUUACGCCUGGUCUUGCUGUACCUUACUCCACUCCAAAGCCUUCGCCAGAGAACCCACAUCCCCAACCGCAGACUGUUGGCGGAUUACCUGGUGUCGGCCCGCAAAGAGGUAGCUACGUUGGAAGUAUUGGUCCUUAUAUCCCGAUCACUAAGUCCGAAAAUGAAACCAUUGCUGCCUAUAUCUAUUUCGAUGGGAGGCUGAAAGAGGAGGUUGCCACUCUACUUCGACCGGGAGAAGAGACAUGGGUAAACUCGCGCUGGGUACAAGUUCCUGAGUCGGAAGGGGGUGGUCUAGCAGAGAGAGAGUUUCUGUUUCGCGAGGUUGGCUUGGAGAGAUGGCUGAAUGGGCUUGACCUCGAGGGCAAGGAUGCAGCUGCCAAGAUCGAAAAGCGCAGACAAAAGUUCGAGAAGCGUCGCAGACGUAGGAAGGAGGAGAACGGCAGUGAUGAAGACUUGACCAAGACUACCUCAAAGCCAUUAGGACCUCGAGAAGUUCUGAGAUAUGGACCGGAUGCUCAAUCACCAGUGGAGAAGCUCGAUGACUGGGAUGACGACGAUUUAUCUUCUGAUUCUGACGACGACUCACCACCAGAGGCUGCAGGUCAAAUUAAGGUUGCUAUGUUUCGUGUGCUGGCAUCGGGUGAAAUCAAGAGGGGCGAAUAUUCUCCACAAUUCGACGCUCACGAUGAUGACGAGGACAAUAAGGAGGGUGGUGAUGAGGCAGAUAUUGAUCAUACUACGAGCUUUGCAAAGCCAAAGACGCUGGAUCCCAAGUCUAUCAGUACACAAACUGUAACGGGCAUUGAUGGGCCAGAUAAGCCGUUUGCUACGUUCACAUUCUUCUACCGAGGAGAGCGACAACUACAAAAGAUGGGAAUCGUGUCUCCAAAGCAACAGAAGGCCACACCCGCUACGACCAAGAGACGAUCAACACAGUUGGAUUUCUCGAAUCUUGGACCAUUGAAGCCUGAUAGAGGCACCGUUGGCUUUUCCGCUUUCCGAGAGAACGACCCUACCGCACGUAAAUCUAAAUCCAGGAAGAAGAGCAACGGUAGCCUUGGAGGUGCAAUGGAAGAGGACAGUGAUGAGGAUGAAGAUGACCCUGAACUCGUCGGAAAGAUGGAGGAUAUUGACGACAAGGAUGUCAAGACCCUUUUAAGUCCUGAUGAUGCAAAGUUCUCUGGCGAACUGGCAGAUGGUGUAGGACGAAUCAAGCUCAAGCGACAACAUUCUGCGGAGCCUCUCGGUGCAAAUUCUCGCAAGUCGCCAGCUUCCGGUACGACAUCAAUUGGUGCUACUCCUCCAGCUGAACCUGAAACUGGCUCGGCUCCCAAGGAUAUCUUGCCAAACAAUGUCUUUGGAGGAUUGCCUGAUGAUUCUAUCGUAGGCAGCCCACUCAAGAAGCAUAGAGGAAGUCUUUAUGACAUUGACAACGACACUAUGAAACAGCGGUUAGGAGCAGGGUUUACCAGCUCGCUAGGAGACGUUGUAGCAGCAGCAGAAGCCGCACAAACCCCACUUCCCAAAACUAGUGUCGAGGAGGUGAAGAUGGAUGAUGACGAGGAACUAUGAACGAUACUCCAUGCGCUAUAUUGUGAAAAUACAGCUGCAGCUCCUUGCUGACCAAUAAUUUACACCACUCAGGCUUUGUGGACAUUGGAAAGAAGGCAUUGGAGCAAGUUCUUUCGGAGUGUUGGGAGGUGGUUUGCAGCACAAAACCUUGUAAGAAUCAAAAUACCCAGACACAAUCACCAUCUCGGUGAUACCCAGCAUUGUGGUAGAUUAAUGGAAAUCAUAUGAAAAAUAAG